CAGGAUGGGUAUUGGGUAAAACAUGUGUAAUCUUAUGUAGCAAUAAUAGAUUUAACUGAUAGGAGAACUUGUGCAACAACGUUAUUUUUUUUUAAAUCGUCAAACAAUAAACGUAUUGUUUUUUGGUGGCGUGACCCUCUAUUUAGUUUUCUUAUCGCUAUCCGAUCGAACGACUCAAAAUGCGUCGCUUUUUUUACUUAACAAACAAAAUUUAACGAACAAAUAAGUGACGUCAUUACUUCCUCGAAAAUUCUAAGGUCCAUCGUUUCGACAUCAGUCAGACUUGAGCUCCAAUUGAAAACGCUUUUAAUUUUCAGCAGUUAAAACACCGACUCGCCGGCAGUCGAACACUGAGCUACUUCUUUGUUCGUCACCGUUCAUCACGUUAAGUUUGCAAUUAUACAUUUUGGUUGUCAGUCUUGCCUGGUCUUGCAUUUAGUCGGACAGACACAAACAGUACGCGAUGAGCCGAUCUAAUUGCACUAAAAUACUAGCUUUGGGAAACCAAUACACCAUAGGAACUCUUUACAAUUACGUCGAGGAUAUCAUCGUUCCAGAUAUCUACUUAUGGGACCCAGAUGAUUUGCCUCGACUCAAAGUAGUUAAUAAGGUAAGCAAAGAAAGUGUUAAAGUUCACCCGGUGGAGGCUGAUGAGCAAAGCAAUAACUGUAGAGGAAAUGAAGAUGCCAAAGUUGAGGAGGAGCCGUGGUUGACUCGUUUGGGAAUGGACGACCAUUCUGCAAUGAGUUUAAUGGCCGGUGUUUUGCCCGCGACAUCUUUUGGAGGGGCUUGGCAAUACGUGGCCGAUAGAGUAACUGAUAAUCUACGUGAUUCCGAAAUGGUGAUUCAUUGCUACCGCUCCAGUAAGAAAGUCCAGGUCGACCCAAUUGGGCAAGACAUUAUCUGCCGGCCUAAAAAACUGAUCGAGUCCAAGGCCACUCAUGUCGUCGUGGGCCUCAUUUACGGUCAAGAAUCUUUUUGCAUUUUCUCUCGCCAACAAAACCAAAAUUUAAAUAUUGAGGCGAUCGACGACGAAAGAAUGAACAAUUACGCCAACUUCUUUCGCAAAGGCCUCUCGGAUGACCAAAGUCUACAAGAGUUGGAAGAAGAAUGUAAAGAGGAAGACGACGACGGCCGUCCACUUUUCCCACCUGAUUUGAAUUGCACUCUUUAUACACACAUCAAAGGUGGAACAAACCGGACAUUGAAGCCCGUUGCCGAACAGUACGAAGCUUGCAGAAAGAUGCUGCAUGUGAUGCACGAAGACCGGGAUGUCCCUUUAAAAGUAUUGCUUUACCCACUUCACAAGCUACUGCCGAACGAGGCAGGUAUCAUUAAAUUUCCGGAAAAUCAGACGGGCAAGUCUAGAGAAAAUGAAGUCGGCAUAACCCAUGAAGUUGUAAUUCUUUGCCAGAAAAUGUGGAACCGUUUGAAAUGUUUUCGUUUAGAAAUUGACGCAUUAACGACAGAGCUAAAUAAAUUGAAGUGCUACCAAUGGAUCCCAGCAAACGUUUUCAAAAACGCACAAGUUUAUAGUCAAUGUUUCAGUACCUUUACAUCGGCUUUAAAUAAGGAAUGGCAUGAAAUGACCCUUUCCAUCCGAAGAGGUGAAGACAAGAAGGAAACAAAAAUGAUAAAAAUGGUUGAAAUUGCCGAAAGAAAAUCGCCUUUCGUUCCAAAAAAUGUUGAAGAUUGGCUAAAAUAUCAAAACCAUCAAAUGAAGACUUUCGAGAUGUUGGCCAAGCUGCCUGGUGUGUGCGUCUCAUCGUCAGCUGAUCAACUGGAAAGAAACAUUAAAAGUAAAGGGCGGAAUCAGUUUGCAGUUGUUCUCCAUUUACCAAGUCUUAAGGGACAGUCAGACAUUUUAAUCCAAAAAGUAAUCGAUUACGUCAAAUUAUCUACUAAAUCACAUCCACCUGGAUUUGGGAUUCCUUGGGUUCAAUGUGAAACAAUGCUCGAUUCAAUUGCUGUAAACCGACGACGGAUUUUCUCUUUAAGUCAAAUGUUUUCAGACUGGAUAACAUGUCAUAACAGUGACACCACCGAUGUCCAUUAUUUCGUCUUUUAUGACGAACGGCCAGUUUCCGGUGACGGAUUACCUGUCAUCCGAUUGUACGAGUGUGGUUCAGGAGAAAUUCUGUCCAUGAGUUUUUCCAUCCCCAAAACUCCCGGGGAAGUCACGGUAAAUAAGAAUCGGCGAGGUGUAAUAAAACUAAGCUGGACGGCCGAAGAAACGAAAGAUAAGAGCUUCCUGUUACAGUACCGAAACGUCAAUAAAUCUGAUGAGUGCUGGAAAUCUAUUCAACAUUCUUCAAAUGAAAUCACAAUGGAUUGCCUGCAGUCGGAUGAGAGUUACUUGUUCCGGGUUGCUACACUAACGCAGGGAGGUAAAAGUCCAUUUGGCCCAAUCAGCUCUGAGAUAACAAUCGAUCCGGUUUACCAGCGGCCAACAGAUCUCCAGUGUAUUUCCGUGACCGACACAAGUAUCACCAUCGCCUGGGACAAUGAGAUUCCAGAAGAAGAGGAAGAUUUUGACCAAUUUUACGAUUUAAACGGAUUUGUACGAGAAGAAGAAAAUGAAAAAUUAUUUAACAUGACUGGUUUCUUGAUUGACUGCUGGGAAAAUGGUAAUCGGGAAUCCACCCUAAUACGACGGUUAACAUCGGACAAUUUAAUUAAACUUGAACCUCUCAUUGCUGAUAGGCUCUAUUGCAUUCAUGUUAAAGUCGCCUACACGGACUCAUUCCAUUCGAAAUUCUUCAGUUCUCCUUCUCACCCGAUUUUGCAAGCGAGGACAUUGCGAGUCGCAGAACGAGCGGUGCAUAUCGUCCGUCGCGUUAGUCAAAAGAGUUCCGGGAGCUCUUCGAUUGAUACCUACAAUUUACCACUCAAGAAAGUUAACGAUGCCAAGACGCAAGGUGUCGGUCGUUACAUAUUUGGUGAAAAAAGUGUUCUAUCAUUUGCCGGCAAUCACAGGAAAAGGACAAUUCUGAUGGUGGGAGCCACUGGGUCAGGAAAGAGUACUCUGAUCAACGCACUGGUCAAUUACAUGCUGGGCAUCGAAUGGAACGAUGACUUCCGCUUCAAAUUGAUCGAUGAGCCGGACACGAAAUCGCAAGCGCACAGCCAGACGGAGCUGGUGACCACCUACGACCUGUACGAAAUGAAAGGGUCCCGGUUGGGCUAUUCUCUGACAGUCGUGGACACGCCGGGAUUUGGCGACACGCAGGGACUGGAGCAAGACAACAAGAUUAUGCGACAAAUUGAAUCCUAUUUCAAGUGUAAGCAUGGGAUUCAGCAAUUAGAGGCCGUCUGCUUAGUUGUCCGCUCAUCACUUUCUCGGUUGACGUCCACAGAAAAAUAUAUUUUCGAUUCCAUCUUGUCUAUUUUUGGCCAAGACAUCAAUGACAAUAUCCGUCUGAUGGUGACAUUUUCUGACAACGCAGAACCACCCGUCCUGGAAGCCAUUAAAAUAGAAAAUAUUCCGUGUCCUAUUGAUCCAGCAACUGGAGCGAUACUUUAUCACAAAUUAAAUAAUUCCGUUUUCUUCGAGACCAACAAGAGUGACCGUGACAGAAAUAGACUAAACCAAACCUACUUCAAUAUAGCCGUUAGGGGUUUCAAGAAAUUCUUUAAUGAUUUGGGUCAAAUGGAGACAAAGUCUUUGACACUGACCCGUGAAGUUCUCGAGGAGCGAAAGCGACUCGAUCUUCUUGUUGAAGGCCUUCGAACGAAAACUGAAAUCAAGUUGACACAAGUCGACGAACUCGAAAAAAUUAAAGAUGCUCUAAAAGAAAAUCAAGAUCAAAUGGAAGCCAACAAAGAUUUUGAAUUUGAAGUCGAGUUUCUCGUUCCAAAGGCGACGGACAUUAGCGGGACAGGCCAAUUUACAACCAACUGCCAAACGUGUCGAACAACUUGUCACUUCCCUUGUCGGCAGGCCAGCGACGAAAAGAAGCAACUUUGCUCUGUCAUGGAUUCCAGUGGUACAUGCAUGAUUUGCAAAUGCCCCUGGAAUGUUCACUUCAAUCAAAAGUACAGGUACGAAAUGGUCAAAGAGAAAGUCAAGCGUUCAUCGGACGCCAUCCGGAAACAGUACCAAGGAGCGGCAGAUGAGACACUAACGAAUGAGCAGCUGCUGGAAAACAUCAAGAAAGAGAUUGACGAGCAUGAGAAACAACUGUUGGAGCUUACGAAAGCCACUUAUCAACAUAUUCGGCGUCUAAACGAAAUUGCCUUGCGACCUUAUUUACUUUCUACGUCAGAUUACAUCGACCUGUUGAUUAAAACUGAGAAUCAAAAUCCUCGCUCAUGUCAUCAAAGAAUUUCCACGUUGCAAAAGCUCCGCCAGAAAUCCGAGAUCAAAACGAAAUUGAUACAAGAACAGCAGAAAUCCCUUAUCAAAUCCCAAUAGAUUUCCACAAGCGUGGAUGGGUACUGGAAAUUGGGCUAAAAGCCACGCAAUUCAAGUUAAAAGUGAAAAUUCUUUACGAAUUGUCAUAGAACCCUGCUCCGUUCUACUAUGUGCAUCCUCAAGGAUCACUGAAAUAGGAACUAUAUCGUUGUCAAAAAUGAAGAAUGUAACACAAAUAGCAGGGAGAAUCAAGUGUGGCGGGAGCUAUGACUGCCCAAUUUUUAGUCAAGAAAAGGAGGGACUACCAUGCGUUGGUGAGAUUACACGUCAACAGGAAACUGGUAGAACAAUAAAAAAGAAAAUUCUAUUAUACAACGAAAGUAACUACUUUCGACCCUAAGGGUGUAGACGAUAUAUUUAGCUCUUUAAAGCUCUUUUUCCUCGCUACAUACAACGCCCCUUUUACCCCAGACUUUUUCUAGCUCUUAUACGGGGAUGUCGUCGCAAAAUUUCCCUCGCGCCUCGAGGAAUCCACGUGUCGAAUACGUUCGCGUCGACAGGUUAACAAAUGGGCUUAUUCGUGAAGCAGAAAGUUGGAAUAAUUCCCGUGUGUUUUUUUACCCAAAUCGUUACGUCCCAGACGAAAGAGAGAGAUUUGACCGUCCCAUCUAUCGUGAAAGAUCGCCCUUGAGACGCGCAUUCGAAACCGCCUACCCACGUAACGAAAAUCCGUAUCUCCAGUAUUUUAACGAGGGCGACGCGUGGGGCCAGCCACCAGUUCAAGAUCCUUACGUUCGUGAUCACGCCAGAACGUACGGCGCUUAUUUCGAGUGCGAGCAGGAUCCCCGGUCUUACCCGACUCAUAGUGAAUUCGUGCCAGAAGAUGAAUUUUAUGAAGAUAUGCCAAGAGAUGACGACGGGGCAGAAUACGAAGACGAAGAGGGAGAGAUUGAUCAUGGUCGCCCUUGGCGGCCACAGAGUAGCGUCCGUUUUGCCACUGAGGAGCUAUCGUUACCCGUUAGAAAAAUAGCGGUGGCAAGCGGUGUACCGACCGUCUUGGAAGGGGCUCAGGCAACAGCAGGCCCAUCUAACGCAGGCCAGAGUGUGGAACCCAGACAAGAAAUAGAAGUGGUUGCCGUCGUUAACGUCCCGUCCCCACCAACGUCCCGUCCAGUACCCAAAGCGAUCUGCGAGGAAAUAGCGUCACUUUUAUCGGUUGGCGUUUCAACUGAGCAGUCGAAGUUAAAUUCUAAAUAAUUUCCGUUAGCGUAUGAGGUUACGGACUUUUCUCUUAUGCCUCCCAAGCUAGACGCAUGGAUGAGCCGUCGGUCCGAGGAUAAAGGCGUUCUUAAAUCGGUCAGUGCUAGGGAGGAAGCGUUAGUUCGAACCCAGCUCAAAAUUAUGGACAUCGGUCCCCCGUUGAUCGACCUUUAUUCACGGCUCGCAACGUUGGAAGAAGCCACGGCAAGUAGUUUGCGUCGCUCAAUCCAGACGGCCCUGCAGCAGUGGGGCCGUGCGUUCGCCCUUAUCUCCAAGAAACGCCGUGAGUCCGUCGUACACUUCACGGACUCCAGAGUUGAUUAUCUGCUGAAAGAUGACAACUGCUUUGCAACCGGUAAGGAGGCCCGCGAACUCCUUUUCACCGGCCGUUUACUUGAAAAGAUGCUGACCGAGGCAAAUCAAGACGAGACGAUAGCUAGAAGAGACAAGGCGGUGGCUGCCACAGACCGAAAGAAUCCAUUUCGGUCGACCAGACGUGACCAACAGAUACCUCCACCAACACGCCAUACUCACUACGGCGUGCCACAUAUUGAUCGUGGUGGUAAACCGAGAGGACGGAGAGGAGGUGGCGAUCCCAGAGGCGGUCGUGGACGCGGGAAUCCCAACCCAAGAAGACGAGGAAUGAGCAAUGUUCCGGAAUAAUGAAAGCUCUCGGCGCCAUACCAUCAUCCAUGCCAUCCAUACCAUACUCUGGCCUCUAAUACCUCCCAUGUACCUGUGGUUCCACCACCAUCCGCGAGUGGCGCCAUGGGAACGAAGAUACCAUCAGCAUAGUCCGUGUUCGGAACCUCUUUGUCGGAAUGCCAGCCCCGUCUUUUGAUUCCUUUGCCAAGCAGCAUUGUUUUCUUGCAAAUAUUUGUUAUAUUCGUGUUUGGAGCCUUUUUUCCGGAAUGCCGUUUUUUUUUGCCAAAUAGCAGCUAUCAUAAUCUUAUGUUGUGUCCGAAAUUUUUUGUCUCUACUGUUUGUAUUUCUCGCAAACUGCAAUAUUUCUUUUGUUUGAGCUCCCUCGCUCCAUUUGUUGUAUUUCGCCCGUUAUCUUAUGUUCUUGAAUAACCUUGGAAAAAGUCUGAGGAAAAAGGGGCGUUGUAUGUAGCGAGGAAAAAAAGCUUUAAAGAGCUAAAUAUAUCGUCUACACCCUUA